GCGCUAGGAAGUCCGGAGGCCGCAGGGCAUCACCGCGAGGGGUCACAAGGCCCUCAAAGAGAAGACAUCCUCAAGAUCAUAACCUAACCAAGGGCACAGACGCACCCCCUCCCUCGGGGAUAGCCCGUUUCCGGCGCCUUUAAAACAGGAAGUACUGACGGCGUCCAAUCCUGGUCCUCCUUCCGCAAUUAGCUUUAGCGUCCGCUCUUCGCCCGGGCAGCGCUAGGCGAGCCGUCUACCGUUACCAAUCAGCUGUCAGGAAAGGCGCAUGCGUUAUCGAACGAACGCGACAUACGGGAACUUUGACCUGAAGACGACCUCCUCUCGUUUCCCCCUCCCUCGCAGCGAAGAUGGCGCUCUCCAGAGUGUGCUGGGCUCGGGCUGCUUUGUGGGGUUCGGCGGUACCCCCUGGACCUUAUGUCGCCCGGAGGCUGCAGUUUGUUCGCUCUGGCCUAGCCUGGGGGGCCCCUCGGUCUUCAAAGCUUCACGUUACUCCAAAGACAGAUGUGAAGAGCUUGAUCUCUUAUGUGGCGACCAAGACAAAAGUGAUUCAUGAGAAAUAUCAUCGUUUCUUGGGUCGUCAUUUCCCCCGCUUCUAUGUCCUGUAUACAAUCUUCAUGAAAGGAUUGCAGAUGUUAUGGGCUGAUGCCAAAAAGGCUAGAAGAAUAAAGACAAAUAUGUGGAAGCACAAUGUAAAGUUUCAUCAACUUUCAUACCGGGAGAUGGAGCAUUUGAGACAGUUCCGUCGAGACGUCAACAAGUGUCUUUUCCUAGGUAUUCUUUCCAUUCCACCCUUUGCCAACUACCUGGUCUUCUUGCUAAUGUACCUGUUUCCUAGGCAACUGCUGAUCCAACAUUUCUGGACCCCAAAGCAACAAAUUGAUUUCUUAGAUAUCUAUCAUGCUCUCCGGAAUCAGUCCCACCCUGAAAUCCUUAGUUAUUUAGAAAGAGUUAUCCCUCUCGUUUCUGAUGCAGGACUCCAGUGGCAUAUGACCGAGCUGUGCAGCAAGAUGCAACGUGGUACCCACCCAUCGAAACAUGAUAUCCUGGCUCUGAGAGAGUGCUUCUCGGACCAUCCUCUGGGCAUGAACCAGCUCCAGGCUUUGCAGAUGAGAGCCUUGAGUCGAGCCAUGCUUCUCACACCUUAUCUGCCUUCUGUCUUGUUGAGACACCGUUUAAAGACUCAUACCACGGUGAUUCACCAGCUGGACCAGGCUUUGGCAAAGCUGGGGAUUGGCCAGCUGACUGCUCAGGAGGUGAAGUCGGCUUGUUAUCUUCGUGGCCUGAAUUCCACCCAUAUUGCUGAAGAGAGAUGUCGAACUUGGCUGGGAGAAUGGCUGCAGAUUUCCUGCAGCCUGAAAGACGCUGAGCUGUCCCUCUUGCUACACAGCGUGGUCCUGCUUUCCAUCAACUACACCGGGACAAGGCGCUGAGCGACCGGGGAGCGGAUGGCAUUGCCCUGCGGUCACCUAGUACAGCGGCGUGGGACCAAACGGCGCUUGUCCGCAGAGUCUGUGUGCACUGUUAGGUGUGUGGGAGGCAGAGGGGCAGGUGCCACAGCCUCAGGGUGUGGCGCCCCUGUGCGAACUGGAGCUGAGAGAAACCUCUCACCUGGGUGGCUCAUGAGGUGUCAUCCCAGCCCCCUCAGAAUCCACCCGAGCCGGCAGUGGCCUCUGCACUGCGCUUUUACUGUGGUGUUUUAGGUUCGGUUCCCAGGCAGUGGGCUUUUGCCCCAGGUGGGAUCCUCUCGGCCUAGGACUUGGCCACUGCCAUGUUCUUUGCAGCUCUUUCUGUUCAGGGCAGUUCUGGCUGCCGAGGGGAACACCCUGGAGCUUUUACAGCCGGGCACGUGCUUUGAUGCUCCCCUCAACACUUGGUACAUGACCAAACAAUUGGGAUUUUAUUUCUGUUUUCCUCACUGGACUAACCACUCUUUUUUUUUUCAAAUCCUGUGAACACUUUUUUUCUUUUUGGUAACUGAAUAAUUUAUGGGAACAUUCUAAUGGAAAAGCAAAAAGGGAAUGCAAGUGCUACUUGACCCCUUCCCCCCACCAGAGUUCACAGCCUUCGCCUCCCUUGUCUUAAUUUCUGGGCUCUGCUACAGCCCGUGAGUCUUAAACUCUUUGCUCCCUCCACUGUGUUGCAGCGAUCCGACUGUAACUGACAGUGGCUGCCUUCUUUGGGCCAUGGAUCAAUCCUGUAAGGUACUAAUUACUGUCCAGCCCCGGAGGCCAGGCGAGGUCUACACCGAGAGAGUAAGUUGGGUUCAGCUUCGGCCUACAUGUUAUCAGUGACCUGUAGUAACUUACUGUAAAUGCAUGAAGUACUGUUUUUAAACUCAAGUAAAGACCGCCUGAAACCA